UUUUUAGAUUUUCAUUUCAGUGGCCUGCGCGUUUAUUGUUGGCUGCCUUUUACGUAAUAGUUUCCAAAUAUUAUCAGUCGCAUUUUUAUUUACAAACGUUUUAUUUAUUGUGAAGUUGAAGCCUCAAAAUGAUGUCGUCACAUUCAAGAAUUCUCGCCAAUUUGAGUUCCAAAGAAAACAUGUCACCUCGGAGAAAGGUGGGUUCUAGAUCUUCAGAAGAAGCGUUUUCAUCUACUAACCCAGAGAAUGCAUCAAAACGACGAACCGUUGAUUCCUUCAUGCUGCCAAAAACAAAAUCUUUAUUUUCAUCAAAGUCAACCAAUAAGGGAGCAAUAAAAAAACAAACAUCUAUAAAAACCUAUUAUAAAGAAGGUUUAAAAGAAAAAUCUAAAAAUGUGAUGACCAUUUUCGAUGAAAAUAAUAAGAAUACCAAAAAGAAAACAUCUAACAAUGAAGAUGAUGCAUUCAGUAUGAUGUGUUCAGAAGAAGCUCCUGAAAAAUAUUGGGAAUUAUUAGCUGAAGAAAGAAGGAAAGGACUGGAAUCUGCUUUGAAAGAAAAUAAAGAGCUUGCAGAUGAAAUCAGGGUGAAAGAUGAAACAAUCCUGGAAUUACGAACAGAGGUUUCAGAACUGAAGGAGACUGCAAAACAUGCAGAAUAUCUGGCAACAGUACUUGAAGAAUUAGGAAAAGAAAGCAAUGUUGCUGUGAGUGAGGACGAAAGCUCAGACGAUGAGACUGAAAAAGAUAUUUCAGUUUCAUAUCCUACACAAAUUGAUGAUGCUGACAAAGAAAAUGAAAAAUCAGAGCCAAGCGAUGAAAAUGACCCUCCAAUUCUAGACCCAGAACUGAACUUAGAUGAAAACAAGGACAUCGAAUCAGAAGGGUUGCCAGAAUCACAGCAAGCAUUGGAUGAAAAGGUUGAUAUGCCAAAGGAAUUAGACCCUUCAGUUUCAAACCCUGGGCAGAACUUUGAUGACAAUAAGGACAUUGAUCAAAGACUGCCACCAAAGUCUCAACAAGCAUCUAGUGAAACAUUGGAUAUACCGAAGGAAUUAGAUCAAAACUAUGAAUCUGAUGCUGAGUGUUCGGUUAAAACUAAUUCUAAUCUCAGCCCAGAUAAUGAUUCUGAAUCUGGUGGGGAAGCAAUACCAGACAGUUUAUAGACGAUGAGUACAAGACUUCAUUUACUUGUUGGUAUCUCCAUAUUUCUACUCACUCAACUCAAAGAUCUGAAUGAGCCACUGCCUAUGGCUGUGUUGGUCGUUAAAUUGACCCAAUUGAUUGGUACCUGAUGGAACCGCCUUGAAGCGAUAUUACCAAAAUGGCACUGUGGCCCGGAAUUCUGACUUUGCCUUUCACCGCUACCACUGAAAGCCAUUCCCUACUCAAUAUAUCUUUUGAGGCUUUAAUCAAAGUGUGAAUUACCGCAUACUGUUAUCUUUCCUGGUGAAAAGCAGGUGGAUUCUUUCGAAGUUUUCCACUAAAACUAGAGCUAACGCAAAGUUUUGGGUUUUGUUUUUGGAUUAAAGUAUUCUUCCUUUAAAUCCACUUAUGAUUUAUUGCGAGGUUUUCAAAUUGUUUUUGUUUGGCUUUAUUUCAAUUAGGUUAAUUUCAUUUUACCACCAUCGGUGUGCUGAGAUCUUUUCCAGUCCUUGUGCUGGAUUUGUCCCUUACUGUGACAUUUUUUAAUGCAUGCUAUGGAACUCUGACACUGCCAGACUUUCUGUCUUUAUCCGAAAUUGUUUUUAUUUGUACACUGUGUUUUUAAAAAGAAAUGAGCGUUCAAUAUUG